AUGACCCAGCACAUUACCCCAGUAACUACCCUGGAAACCUCCCUGCCUAGAGGAAAAACUACUGUGAAAGACCGUGCAAAACAAUUUCCUGAUGUUCUUUAUGAAAGCGGAGGUAAACUGUUUUGCACCCCGUGCAAUACUGUGGUGAAACACAAACGAAAAUCAUUGACUGACAAACACUUUUCUACCGCGAAACAUAUUAGGAAAAUGGCUGAAACAAGCGGACCACAGACCAGACAAAUCAUCGUGACGGAAGCUGUUGCAUCCACAUCUGUGGCGAGCACUGAAAGAAGGUAG